AGCAGAAGAGAUUAAACACUUUCUAUAGCUCCUUUAACUUUCUCAACCAAAUGAAGUCUUUUUUGCACAUGUUACAUGCAUUUUUCCUUAUAUGCCUUUACAUAUUACAACUCUAUACGUUAAACCUACUUUGGUUUGGACCAAAUAAAACUGCUUAUGCAUUAGGAAAUGAUACUGAUUUUUUGGCAUUGCUCAAAUUCAAAAAAUCAAUAUCUAAUGACCCAUUUGGAAUCUUAGACUCUUGGAAUGGUUCAACUCACUUUUGCAAGUGGCAUGGAAUCACAUGCAUGCAUCAAAGAGUUACAGAGUUGUACUUAGCAGGAAAUCAGUUGCAUGGAUCCAUAUCACCUCAUGUUGGUAAUCUCACUUUUUUGACAAACUUCAAUCUCAUGAACAAUAGCUUCUAUGGAACAAUUCCACAAGAAUUGUGUAGUUUAGUAAAACUACAGCAACUUUAUCUCAAUAAUAACUCAUUGGUUGGAGAAAUUCCUUCAAAUUUGACAAGUUUGUUGAAUCUCAAAAGCUUAUACUUGUCAAGGAACAAUUUGGUUGGCACAAUACCAAUUGAAAUUGGUUCUCUUAAGAAGCUCCAAAGAAUAUUCAUUUGGAACAACAAUUUAACAGGAGAAAUUCCACCAACUAUAGGAAAUCUUUCAUUUCUUAUAAAUUUUAAUGUUGGUUCCAACAAUUUGGAGGGGAAUAUUCCACAAGAAAUAUGCCAUUUGAAGAACUUGGAAACUAUAUCAGUUGGUAUAAACAAAUUGUCUGGUAAACUUCCACUUUGUCUUUAUAAUAUGUCAUCUCUUACUCUUAUUGCUGUUGACUUGAACCAAUUUAAUGGCUCUCUUCCACCAAAAAUGUUCCAUACCCUUCCCAAUCUCAAAACACUUUUCAUUGGUGGGAAUCAAAUCUCAGGUCUAAUCCCAACUUCCAUCACAAAUGCAUCUUACUUAAGAGCUUUUGAUAUCACUCAAAAUCAAUUCAUAGGUCAUGUUCCAAGUCUUGGGAAGCUAAAAGAUCUUCAGCUCAUAGGUUUGUCUCAGAACAAUCUUGGAAGCAACUCAACUAAUGAUUUGGAGUUUGUAAAGUCAUUGGAAAAUUGUAGUAAGUUGUAUGUGAUUGAUAUAUCCUACAAUAAUUUUGGAGGUCUUUUACCAAAUACUUUAGGAAAUAUGUCCAAACAACUCAACAGCAUAUAUCUUGGGGGAAAUCAUAUAUCAGGAAAAAUUCCUGCAGAAUUAGGAAAUCUAGUCAACCUAUAUCUCUUCACUGUGGAAAAUAACCGUUUUGAAGGGAUGAUUCCAACUACUUUUGUGAAGGUUCAAAAGUUGCAAGUGUUGGAAUUGAGGGGAAACAAGUUGUCAGGAAGUAUACCAGCCUUUAUAGGCAACCUCAGUCAGUUGUUUUAUUUGGGUUUAGGACAUAAUAAGUUAGAAGGAAAUAUUCCUCCAAGCAUAGGAAACUGUCAAAAGUUAUAUUACUUAGAUCUUUCUCAAAACAAUCUUAGAGGAACCAUACCAAUAGAGGUAUUUAAUCUUUUCUCAUUAACAAAAUUAUUGGACUUGUCGCGAAACGCAUUGAGUGGUAGUCUACCGCAAGAAGUGGGCAGGCUAGAAAAUAUUGGAAUGUUGAAUUUUUCUGAGAAUCAUCUGUCUGGUGAUAUUCCUAAAACCAUUGGAAAAUGUGAAAGCUUAGAGUACCUUCAUCUGCAAGGAAACUCCUUUCAUGGAGUCAUACCAACCUCUUUGGUUUCACUGAAAAGCCUUCAACAUUUAGACUUGUCACGAAACCGCUUGUCUGGAUCAAUUCCUAAAGGUCUUCAAAAUAUUUCUUUCUUAGAAUACUUCAAUGUAUCUUUUAACAUGUUGGAAGGAGAGGUACCAACUGAAGGUGUCUUUCAAAAUGCAAGUGAGGUGGUGGUAACAGGAAACAAUAACCUUUGUGGAGGUAUUUCAAAGUUGCACCUACCUCCAUGCCCUUUGAAAGGUAAGAAACAAGCAAAACAUCAUUAUCUCAAGUUGAUAGCAGUGGUAGUUAGUGUGGCUUCUUUUCUUCUUAUACUUCUGUUUAUUCUAACUAUCUACUGUAUAAAGAAAAGAAACAUGAAACCUUCAUCUGAUUCACCAAGAAUUGACCUUUUGGUUAAGAUUUCAUAUGAAGACCUGCACAAUGGAACCGAUGGAUUCUCUACAAGGAAUUUGAUAGGAUCUGGAAGUUUUGGCUCUGUCUACUUAGGAACUCUCGAGUUAGACGAUAAAGUUGUAGCAGUAAAGGUUUUAAAACUUCAAAAGAAGGGAGCUCACAAAAGUUUCAUGGUUGAAUGUAAUGCACUUAAAAAUAUUAGACACCGAAAUUUGGUUAAGAUUUUAACAAGUUGUUCUAGUACAGAUUUCAAAGGUCAAGAAUUUAAAGCUCUUGUUUUUGAGUACAUGAGAAAUGGAAGCUUAGAAAGUUGGUUGCAUCCAGAAAAAGAAAUUGCAGGUCCACAAAAAACAUUGAACCUUGCACAAAGGCUAAAUAUUAUUAUUGAUGUUGCUUCAGCAUUUCAUUAUCUUCACCAUGAAUGUGAUCAACCUGUUAUUCAUUGUGAUUUAAAGCCUAGCAAUGUUCUUCUUGAUGAUUCUAUGGUAGCUCAUGUGAGUGAUUUUGGCAUAGCAAAAUUGCUCCCAAGUAUUGGAGUCUCCUUGACACAAAAUAGCACUGUUGGAAUAAAAGGGACUAUUGGUUAUGCUCCUCCAGAAUACGGAAUGGGUUCUAAGUUGUCAAUCGAAGGCGACGUGUAUAGCUUUGGGAUUCUAAUUUUAGAAAUCUUAACCGGAAGAAGACCAACAGAUGAAAUGUUUGAAGAUAGUCAUAGUCUCCACAAUUUUGUUAAAAUUUCAAUUUCAAGUGACCUUUUGCAGAUUGUGGAUCCAACCAUUGUCCACAAUGAAUUAGAACAGACAAUUGACAGUGAAAACGUUGGUGCUAUGCAUUCUAAUGUGGAGAAAUGUCUACUUUCACUUUUUAGUAUUGCACUUGCCUGUUCAGUGGAAUCACCAAAAGAAAGAAUGAGUAUGGUUGAAGUCAUGAGAGAGCUUAAUAUAAUCAAAAGUUUCUUUCCUACUGAGGAUUUAAUGGAAGCAAAUCUGCAUUAGAGCCACAUAAUAUUGCUACAAAUUCUCCUUAUGAUUUUCAUCUUUUCCUUUUUGUAAAUAAACUAGUUAGAAGUUUGUGCAAUGCAUGUAUCUAUUCUUUUUUUAA